AUGAAGGAUCAGAAACGCACCAAUUCUAUCUGGCUAUCAACUGCAAUCCACCUAGCUCAGGCCGCAGGGGCAGAUCAGUUCCAUACCAGCUCAAACCCAAGUUUGACUUCGGUAAAUGAGCUGAAACGACUGUGGUGGUGCUGUGUAGUACGGGACCGAAUCCUGCCUCUUGGGAUGCGAAGACAACUACAUAUCACAUCGCUGGAUUUGGCCGACGCCAACUACUUGCCUACUGAGAAAGACUUCUGGCGAGAGAUUGACGGGUCUCGGGUCUAUGCACCACAGACCAAACGAACCCUAGUCCGAUUAUUUAUCACGCUCUGUGAGCUGACUGUUCCGCUCACUGAUGUCAUCAAGAUCGUCUAUCCAACAGGCCGCUUGACCGAUAUCCAUUCCCCAGUUAUGCGUGACGCCGAAAAGGGAAGAGAAUCGCUGCAGUCUUGUGAAGCUGGCUUGGAAGCUUGGUUCGAAAGGGCAACCAUCCAGUUUCCAACGCCUGCCGGUAUCAUUACUCGAGAAGGUGCUGCUUGCUUUGCACUUUAUCAGCACAAAGCUUUCAUCAUUAGCCAGGAACAGGCCAAAACGACUUCAGAGCUGCAGCAGACCAAAAGCAAAAUCGAGGAUGCCGCGCUCGGCAUCACAGAAAAUCUGAAAGAGCUCAUCCACCUGAGUGCUGCAUACAUUGCCGUUCCCCUAGUACUCCACAUCCUUGAUGUGAGACUUGCAAAGAGGCCACUGCAAAUAGCCCAAAAGCAGGGAAAGUUAAAUGUCUAUGUUGAAACGAUGAAGACUAUGCAGAAGCUCUACGAUGGCGUUGAUGAUGUUUGGACCUUUAUCAGAACAGCCAUCGAUUGUGCAACUAUACAGGACGUAGAGAAUGAGACAAGCUCACAGAACAGUUUCUGCAUCGAUGCUGUCGGAUGUCUAGGAUCGAAAUUUCAACUCACCACAGACAAAGAGUAUGCCAAUGACUGGGGUAACGUUCUCGUUAUGGAACCUGUUUUGUACUUCCGGCUUUCUCGAACCAUCGACCACUCAUUGGCUCUUGGGCGAUACUCUGAAGGCUCUACAGUUGGCCUCGCUGCACCUCGUUCAGCGCGUCUGCCUUCUCCUAGACUCUUUACCAUCGACAUAGGUAGCCCUAAACAAGCAGUCGAUGAUACCACUUACGAGUAUCACCAAGCAUCCGCCGAGAACGGGGAUAGAGAACCCGUGGCUGGUCAAGAUCAGUUUUCAUUGGUACCUCAGAUGCUGGAGGACAUUGAUGAGUUUGUCACUUACGACUUUGGCAUAGAGGAUCUACAAACUGAAGUCGAUUUCGAGAGAUCUUAG